AUGACAGUCCAUAAAGAUUCCACUGGAGAGUCAUAUCUUGUUCCAGACGACUCUUCGGUCGACAUGAACGCUUCAUUUUCAGAGAACUAUGCAUAUGAUGAAGAGGAAGAUGAUAAUCAAACAUUACUUAAUGGCAACGAAGGUGCCAAGAAAUUGCCUGCAAUGGUGAAUUAUAAUACGACAACAGGCACUUUAGAAGGAACAACUCUGAACGAUGGAGAAGUCGGUAGGGGUCCAGAGAUAGCCAUUAAUUCCGCUAACUAUGAAGAUUCCUCAACUGCACAUAUAAAGCAACUAAAGUACAACCAAAAUAAGAUUUUGCUUGACAGAGCCAUCAACUCUACGAUCACCUUGUUUGCGGAAUUUAAAGAAAACAAUGUUCACUCUCCAAUUCACUAUCCUGUUGAUCAAAUGAUGUCUAAUGGCUAUGAUUCAAAGCUAAAUUCAAAUACCUCCAAGCGGGCACUUUUAUUACAAGAGGAUACUACCAUUAGUGGUCCCAAGUUUGAACUUUUAAAACUAGAAUUAAAAACAGGGGCGAAAUCUUCAGAAUCCUUGAUUGGUAAUUUAGAUGAGCAUACUAUAUCUCUUUUAUUGGACGAAAAGUUUGAACAUAUUCUACGUCAUCUGAAGAACUUGAAGGCCAGAGUCGAUGAUAUCUCAUCGAAAGUUUUGAUAACAGGUGACUUGAAUUCGGGUAAAUCCAGUUUUUGUAAUGCUUUGCUGAGAAGAAAUGUUAUGCCCGUUGAUCAACAGCCCUGCACAAAUGUUUUUUGCGAAAUCAUCAACUAUAAGGAAAACCGAGGUAUUGAAGAAGUACAUGCCAUUCCGAUUGGUGCAACUUAUGAUAUCAAACAUACUAAUAGCUACAAUAAGUUCCCCCUAGAAAAGUUAGAAGACUUGGUCUAUGAAAAUGAUAAGUAUGCUUUAUUGAAGGUUUACAUCAAUGACAAUAGACCAACUGAAGAAAGUCUAUUGAAGAAUGGUAUUGUCGAUAUCAGAUUGAUUGACGCUCCAGGUUUAAAUCUAGAUUCGUAUCAGACAAUGCAAUUAUUUUCCAGACAAGAGGAGAUUGAUUUGGUUGUGUUUGUGGUGAGUGCAGAAAACCAUUUUACUCUUUCGGGUAGGGAAUUUAUUUCAAACGUUAACAAAGAUAAAAAGUUUUCAUUUGUUGUGGUAAAUAAAUUCGAUUCGAUUAAAAGAAAGGAUAAGUGUGUAGAAAAAAUUAUGCAACAGAUUGGCGAUUUAUCUCCCGAAACUCAUAAAGACUCGGAAGAUUUUGUGCAUUUCAUCUCAUCUACUGACAUCAUCAAGGAUGGACCAGAUGGUGGCUCCCCAGAUGACGGAGAUGAUUCGAAUCCAGAGAGCCACGAUGCACCUCGGCCAAACCCAAACUUUAACAGGCUAGAGGCAGCUCUCAGAAAUUUUGUCCUUGAUAAAAGAUCUGUCUCCAAAUUAUUACCAGUCAAGAAUUAUCUUUCUAAAAUAUAUCAAGAAGUUCUGUUGCUAAUAGACAUGAACAUCGAAAACUAUCAGGAAAAUAAGAGCAAGCUAGAAAAAGAACUAAAUGAAAUAACACCGGAAUACAACGACAUCGUUAGAACAUCGGUUAAACUUAAUGAAAAGAUUGUGAAGGUUAUUGACAACUGUACUGAUGAAGUUUAUGAGAAUACCAGAAAAAGUAUCCUUGAUGUUAUUGAAAGCUUCACUAGGAACUUUGAGGUUGAUAAUUCGGUUACCAUUUUCAACAUUGACCAAUUCAUCCAAACAACCAAACUUAAAGUGGUUCAUGAUAUUUUAUCAACCAUUGAAGAUGCGGAAGACUUCGCUAGGUUAAGCACGUUACAUGGUAUUGAACAUAUAAGAAGUUUAGGUAGAUCUAUUGUUGGUGAUGAUAAGCUUGUUGAGCAAAAGUUCAAGCCUGAAUCUAUGUAUUCACAUAAAAAAGAUCAACAAUUCAAGAGCCAAAUCAAUAUUAAUUUUGAGCUCAUUGAUCUGGUUGAUUUUGAUUCAGUUAUCCAGUUUUUCAGGGGCGCUCAGUCUCUUUUCAGCCUUACAAAUUUCUCGCCUUUAAGCAGCUUUGGAAAGAAUGGAAGCUCAAUUACUAAGUUGGUCUCCACCGGUGUAUUGAAAACGGGUAUUUCUAGUAUGGUGCUUUUAUAUGUUCCAAAGCUUGUGACAAUUUUUUCAAACGUUAACUCGGUUAUCAAACUCCCCAAAAUUUUCUUGGUAUCCUCGGUUGCAAUCUUAGUUGGAUACCCUAUUUACUACAUCAUAAAAGAAUCUCCUAAAACAGUCCAUAAAAACAUCAUAAAGAAGAUCCAAACAAAUCUAGUCAAUGACGAUUAUAUUCAUUUAAACAGUUUGCGUAUAAGUAAGGAGGUGCGAAAGGUUUUGAAUUAUCCUGCCAAAGAUGUCUCUAUUGGAAUCAAUGGGCUAAUUGAGCAAAAGAGCAACUUAAAGAUGAAGUUAUCCAAUAAAGUACAUGUCCUGAACGGCAAUAUUGCCUUUAUUCAAGAUUUAAAGCAAAGAGUUGAUGUACAACAACGUAUGCUCGACGGUCUUGAGCUUGAUAUUGACUAA